GUUCAAACGAAGAUGAAUCGAGUCUGGGAAGAUGGAAAGGCUGUCUUGUGUCAUGGGCACAGCACAGCACUGCAUUGGGCACGGCGAGUGAGGAGGAAGUGUGAGGUGUGAAUUGUGUAAAGCAUUGCGGAGGAUUGCUUCUGAGAAAGGGGGAUUACGAGUUUGAGUUUGGGAUUCUUUCUUUCAUUCAUUUACAACACAUUGACAGGGUGCAUUACGACUCCCGAUCAGUUACCAUGAGUAUUGAUGCUAUACGACCCGCUUGGGAUGAAGUAUACGAGUUCUACAAAACGACCAGUGUGUAUUUUAUCGCGCGCAGCAAUGGCCCCAAUACAUCAUCAUCCAUCACUUAUUGUUCCCCAGAAUCUUUUUGUCUACAUCUUCUGUCACCAGCUGUCACAUAUCGAACAUCUUACUAUUCCAAAAUAGCGCACGCAGUGGGGAAGAGUGAGAUCUCGACUUCGACUUACUACUUGGCUUUGUUUUGGCCUGGAUAUCCAUCAAGUCGUCGAGCUCUCAUACAGAGAUCGGACAUCUCCACUCCAUGCAUGGCCAAAUCAGCUGCAGAUGCUCGACGUUCAGCAGCAGAUUGGGCCCGAAUCUACCACACACGGUUGCUGAAACCUUCUGGACCUCACACAUCACACACAACUGGCACCCUUCGUCUAUGCAAACGAUCCAAACGAUCCUACCAAGAUCCCCACGCUGCUCCACCGACGAUGAUUGGUGCGCUCUGUGCAUCAUAAAGAGUGCUUUGUUGAAGAUCCGAUUUGGAAUCUGAUAUCAAAUGGAAGCCGCUGUGUUGCGCACAUGAGGGGUGCAGUGCAGCGGGUUCUCUGUGAAUCAUUAUUGGAAUGUCCCCAACCAA